AUGACUAUUGAUCGUUUUUCCUUGGGUGGUAGUACCACCAGCUUUGCUUAUAGACUACCUAAAUGGAGAAUUCCAGAUACUAUUCUUUUAGCCGUUAUUAUGUUGAUAAAUAUACCGGUUUAUUUCCAGCCACCAUUUCAAAGACAAUUUAUACUUAAUGAUCCCACUCUAAGUCACCCAUAUGAGUUGAAUGAACGUGUUACAGACUUUAUGUUAGUAAUAUAUAGUUUGGUGUUACCAUGUGUUGUUAUACUGGUAGUUUGGUAUCUUUUGGUAGAUAGAAGACAUAAGUGGAAUGUACUCUAUGUAUCCUUAUUAGGUUUAUUUCUUUCAUGGUUUUCCACCGCAUUAUUUACAAACUUUAUUAAGAAUUGGUUUGGUAGACCAAGACCCGAUUUCAUUGAUCGUUGUCAACCAAGACCAAAUAUGCCAAUUAAUACAUUGUUUACAGCAGACGAAGUUUGUACAAAUGAAAAUGAGGCUAUUUUAUUGGAAGGUUUUAGAAGUACACCAUCAGGUCACUCAAGUGAGAGUUUUGCAGGGUUAGGUUAUUUAUAUUUUUGGUUAUGUGGACAACUGAUGACAGAGCAUAGUCAAGUUGGGAUAUGGAGAAAAUAUGUUGCAAUGAUUCCUCUUUUAAUUGCCUCAUUAAUCGCAUUGUCCAGAACACAAGAUUAUAGGCAUCAUUUUGUAGAUAUUUUUUUAGGCUCCGUUAUUGGGUUUUUCAUCUCUUAUGGGAUAUAUAGAAAAUAUUACCCAUCAAUUUCAAGUCAAGUUCCCUUCAAACCAUUGUUGGAUGAUUCUGAUGUUACAUUUGAUGUACCAUCUGAUUCUACUAUUAUGGCACCUUCUACAUAUCAAAGAAGAAUUCCAUUGCCACAAGAUGAGGAGAUGGAACCUCUAUCUGCAUGA